GUAAUUAAUGGUCCAUUUUUAUAAGCAUCCCGGCCGACCUCAGAUGCCACAUUAAGAGAAUCCAGCGAUUGCCCGCGUCUUGGCGAGAUGUGAUCAACAGGAACGAAGGCUUCCGCAGCCGUACUUUGCGCAUUCUCUUGCUCCCUCGACCACCCCGUGUAGCGUCAUUCGGUCUCACGGAUGGAUCAGACUUUCGUCAAGCAGAGUACACUCUGCACUUUGCCCAUCGAGUGCAGACAGGCGAUCCUCUGCUACCUUCCAGACAUGCACGCGCUAAAGGCAGCAGUCUUGUCCCACCCUGCAAUGUAUUCGGCCUUUAUAGACAGGGACGAAUGGAUUCUGUCCCGGAUCAUGGGCAAGGUUAUUCCAGGGGAUCUGCUCCCGGAUGCGAUCUUCGAGUAUAGCUCAUCGGCCCUAGAAAAUGACUCAUGGACCCGGGAAAGAGUACUCAAUCUCAUCGAACAACAUGGGGCUCAUCACGUUCCAUCCUCCUUCAAAUGGACACCUGGCGCUGCAUUCCAUAUGCAGACUUUUUACCGACACGUGAGGUUUUUCACUUUGGGCUUCGUGGAUUCGGCAUUUGAAGUGUAUCCUGCCUUGCAGGGUCGCGCAGUGUCUUCUCCAGAAUGGUGCCGUAUGGCCAGGAGCUUCUACCGAGUGGAGAUCUAUCGACAUCUCUUCAGACGUCGAGACCAUGUCCAGAAGAAGCCCUCUCCCGACUUCCCCUAUCAUGAGCAGACCGAAAUCUAUUACGAAAGGUUCGCUGCAUUUGAACUGGAACAACUUGCUUGUGUCAGCGAGUAUCUUUUUCGGAAAGUCUUAACUCCAUUCAAUGAAAUCGCCGCACACGACAUAGUAUGGGCAUCCAAAGCGGUCGGGUAUUCAAUGACCGAGCCAUGGCAAAGCUUCAACCCUGCGACACGCAUCGGAAAUGUAAUAUCACAAGGGCUGGCAUUUCUGCAUGGAAUGCUGACCGCAGAGACCUACGAGAAGCGGUACCAGCUUCUGACGCCCAAUAUAUCCAGAGUCAACACAUUUCUACCAAACGCUCUUUGGUUCCUCUUUCCCCGCGACGAAGGAGACACGGAGUUACUGAGAGACUAUGAUUCCGAAGAACUUGCGCUUUAUACCACACCCGAAGCUCCCGAGUCCGACCCCGGGCCGGUGGAAGUUUGGCGCCAAGCUCAUUUAGAUAAGACUUUGCGCGACUUUGUCUACAGUAUGGACAUGCGGGAGAAAAGGCGAUGGGGGUACGCACUGUGGGACUAUGGCCGCCUGGCCCAGCUAGAGGUCUUCGAUAGGCCGUUUACGCGGGCGCCCACCCCUGAUUAUGGCGAGGCAGAAUUGCUUGAGGCAGUGACUGGCUCUCUGGUCACGCGCUGGAAGUUGUGGUGGAAAGGUGCUCGGGGAUGGUGGUCCGAGGAAGACCAAUCUCAAGUUCGCUGGGAGGGACAUGAGCUCGAUCUUUCGGAUGAAGAAUUGGAAUUAGAAGGUUUCCAUAAUAGAGUAUUGUUGUAA